CUGAAUUCUGAUAGGUUAUUAUAGAUAAGUUUCAUAAAAUAAUUGCCACUUGGUAAAGGUAUUCUUUACAUGAGAGUGGAUCAGUACAUCAGAAUGGAAGGUGAAAAUAAUAAUCCUCAAAGAGACCUGGUUUUAAGAAUAGAAGAACGCAUCAAUCAGGUAGAUCAACAGGAGUUGGAUAACUUUAAUCCAUUUGACGAAGGAAGUACAGAUUUUAUAAUCCAUUUUGCAAGCCUCUUCGCGAAUUUUUAUGACAACUAUCACCACUUUGCAAGAGAUGAUUUAAAUGAACUUGAUAAUAGAAUUCCUGACUUACGCCAAUCAAGUGAAAGGCUGACAGAAAGUUUCGCAAAAUGGUUUGCAAAACGGAAAGAGCUUAUUGGGGUCCUGGACUCUAGCGCAUGUGAGUUGGAUAGAAGAUUUACCAUCGUGACCACUAGCCGAUUAAUCGGCUCCAUUCUGGAUUUAGUUUACAACAUUGAUUCCAUAUUUGACAAUAAAAUUUCACACAUGAUAACAAUUCAGGCUUUUGGUGUUUCUAGAGCUCUGGGAGUGGCAUCUCUAAUAUUCUUCAAAUGCUUGCCUCACUUCGCCUACAUGGGAUUAGUAGCAGCUUUUGCAGAUAUUUCAUACGACAAAAUAACAAUGCGUGAGAUUUUAAAAGCGAACGAAGAAGACACGAAAUUAUUCGCGAAAAUUGAGAAAUGGAUUCAAGAAACUGAAGAUUUGGAAUUCAGUAUAAAGCAGAUUUUUCCAAAUGGAUUUAGAUUGGAUGUUAACAUAGCAAAGAAGGUUGAAAAGGUUUUGUCAAAUUAUCAAGAAGACACGAAAAUAUUCACCACUGCUGUUUUGUCGAGUAUUCAGAGUAAUCCCAAAUUACGAGGAAAUGUGACGCAAUUGUGCAAAAUUUUCAAGUUUUCCAAAACUGAAGCAGCUAAGGAAUGGUACGAUAGAUCAUUGAGAGGAGUUCAUUCCGUCGGCAUGGAAGUCACUAAACUGGAAUAUCGAAACCAACUGAUCCAGCUUUCUUUGGCAGCGCCAGAAAUACCACUAGAAGUCAUCAAGCUUGCUCCUGAAAUCGAAGUUAGGCUAAAAGAUUCUGAUUCAAAAGUUGAUGCAAGGAACAUCAUUAAAGUCAAGUUAAAAUUUAUCCCCCACCUAUUUUUAGGAGCCGUGAAUUGUUUUUAUAUUUAUUCAUCCUAUAAAGAACUUGUAGAUGGAGUUAAACAUCAACAUUCAGACUUACUAAGAGAUAUGGCCAAGAAAGCUGAUAUACAUAUGCGAAAAAUGCAUAUAUUUAUGAACCGAUGCAAGGGAUCUAAACAGCUGACCGAUGCAACAGUUAAAUAAAACAGUAUUUCUAGAUAAUUAGGCAAUAGAUAAUUACAGCAGUUUAUUCAAUUAUGAGCUUAUCACUUAUUAGUGAUUAUUAAUCUCUAAAAAUUUAUAAUCAAUUUUCAUGGCCUAAUUCGUAAUCAUGUUACGAUUGUUUUUGUUUUUUUAUAUUUGUUGAAUAGUCUGAACUUAUAAUAUUUUAAUUUUAAAGCAAUAUAUAUGAUAUGCAUGUUCAAGGACUGCCUUUAUAAAAAUCAAUAAUAAAAAAUUAAGAGUUA